CUUCUAACUGUCGCGAGGGCCAUUGGGGAACUCCCAUCCCUGUGUUGAUAGGGCCAUAGCGGAGCGGCUGGCGGGUGGCGGCUGCUGCAUACCGGUUUAGGGUUUGGCUUUGGGGCCUUGGGGGCGGCGGCUGUGUGGCGGCUACGGGCUGCUCGCCUAGUCGACUGCUCCUCUGCUCGCGCGGACCAGGAGCCUGCUCGCCUGCUUCUCUACUGUGUGGUGGCUGCGGGCUUCUCGCGCGGACCAGGAGCUGAGGCACCGAGCAGGGGCAGCCGGCCGUCACUUCUGCCGGCGCAGGGGCCACAUGCGGGCGGCCGGGCAAGCAGGCGCAGGGGGCCGGGCAAGCAAGCAGUGCAGCAAGCAGGCGCAGCGCAGGCGGCCGGGCAAGCAAGCAGCGCAACAAGCAGGCGCAUGGGGCCAGGGGCCACACGUGACCAGCAGCCAGCAAGCAGCGCAGUCGCAGCCCGGCAGUCUAUGUGCUUCUCUCUCUGUAGAUUGCAGAUUGCAGCUGCAGAAGCGAACAGAUCUGCCAACCUCGGCUCUAAUCCACGACAUCUCUGCUUCGCGCCGCCGUCCAGCUUCGUCCUGCCAGCCGACCUCAUCCCCGCCGGCCGUCGCCCCAGCCACGACGCCUGGCCGUACCUGUAUUUCUCAUCCCGCGGUACAAGCCCCAGCCGAGACGCUUGUAGCCUUGUACCGUCCCCGAGCAGUUUCACCAAAUCCCGGUCGGUCCCAGACUGCAAGUGCCAAAUGCUUUCCCGUCUCCUCCCGCGCCACCAUCACCGCCGCCUCCUCCAAACCCUGUCCAGGGCCGCCGCCGCCGCCCCAGAUGUUGACCUCCACCAGAGGCUGUGCUCUUCGUCUGCAGCGUCAAGCCCGAGCCUGUCGAUAUGGCGGCGGAAGAAGGAGAUGGGCAAGGAGGGCCUCAUGGUGGUGGCGCAGCUCAAGCGGCUCGCGGCUCUGCCCCCGGCGGGGGGUCACCCGCGCCUGGAGCAGUUCAUGCGUUCGCACGUGUCGCGGCUCCUCCGCACCGACCUCCUCGCCGUCCUCGCCGAGCUCCUCCGCCAGGACCAUGUCAGCCUCUCAAUGAAGAUAUAUGGUGUUGUGCGGAAAGAAAUCUGGUACCGCCCUGACAUGUACUUCUACCGUGACAUGCUAUACAUGCUAGCGAGGAACAAGAAAAUUAAUGAAACAAGGCAGGUAUGGGCGGAUCUCAAGUCUGAAGACGUGCUAUUUGAUCAGCACACUUAUGGCGACAUUGUGAGGGCCUUCUGUGAUGCUGAUUUGAUUGACCUUGCAAUGGAAAUCUAUGAUGACAUGAGGAGCUCCCCCGACCCUCCUCUAUCAUUGCCGUUCCGUGUUAUCCUGAAAGGGUUGGUUCCAUACCCUGAACUGAGGGAGAAGAUAAAGCAGGAUUUUCUGGAGCUUUUCCCAGAUAUGAUUGUGUAUGAUCCACCAGAUACCUUAUCUGAUAUAGAUGAAGAAUUCAAGUUUUGAUGAAUGUACGCCUUCAUCCGGAUUCAGUGCUUCUGAGUUACAUUCCCUGCACUGCAGGCAAACCUCCAUUUCUCGUUCUUUUGGUGGGCUAGAUCAAUUGUAAAUGUAGCUGUCUCGAUCUGCCCAGUAGCUGUGGUACCACCAAUUUUAACCUCUUGAUGAACCAUUUUUGUUAAUCUAUGCUUUGGAGAAUUGUCUGCUUCCGUCUGUGUCUCGUCCUACUUUGAAUCACCUUGUUCUGAA